AUGACGAACCAGCAGCGCGAUCCAACGGCCUGCACCGUCCUCUAUAAGAUCCUCACGCCGGCAGAGGUCGACGCCAUGCCUCCAACAGGCUGGACCGGCACCUCGCUCGACCGCAAGGACGGCUUCAUCCACCUCUCGAGCGCAGACCAGCUGCCGGGCACCCUCGAGCGCUUCUUUGGCCCCUCGAGCGGCGUCGGCGACGUGCUCCACAUCUACGCCCUCCCGCGCUCCCAGCUUGAUCGACAGCGCGACGUCCCCGCCCGCCUCCAGUUUGACCCGGCCAUCGGCACCUUCUUUGGUCACAUCUACGGCCCAAUCGACCCGAGCAUCGACUUUGCUUCGUCCCAGGAGAUCCGUCGCGACGGUCCCAACGGCACCUUUACCCUCGGCUCCCUCACCUUCUAG